AUGCUAUACUAUCUAUCAAAAGCUUAUUAUUCUAUUGAAUCUUGUCUAACUGAGAAGUUAUUCGAGUUUGAAGUAGGACGUCCAAUGAAGAAAAAUGUUUUGACAUUUGGCAAAAUUUUACUUGAAAAACCACAAAAUUUUGAUCAAGUUCCAAAGCAAUUGAAGGCCAAAGGUGUAAUUUACGAGUUGGCUAAAUUAAUUGGAAUGGAUAUGGAGCUGAUUUGGUGUCAGAAACGUUUUCGGUUUAGUUAUGAAGAUUUCUUAUUCUUUCCACUUCUGAUUAGUCAUGUUUCGAAUGAAAAGAAAGAAGAAAGUCCAACCUCUUUCAAGAAUCAUUUCUUAAUCAAUGGAAUUGUUGAAAAAAUUGAUGAAAAAAUUGUAAAGGAUUUGGAAAAGAUUUAUUACAAUGAAAGUUGUAGAGUUUAUGUAGAAUCGAAUGAUUUUUUUGGAACUUAUCAACAUGAUAUUGUUAGAAAUAUCAGAAAGAUAACUUCUUUCAAGUUAGAUUUCAUUGAUUCCUCACACAUUGUUACAGGUUUUGAUGAUUUUGAUUACAAUGAAGUUGAUGUUGAAAUUGAAAAACAAGUUCCAAACGAAAUUACUCAAAAUUUCAAUCAAUGGAUUAAUGAUUUUGUAGUUAAUUGUCACAAAUCUGGAGUUUUGAAAGUUAAUUUUGCAAAGGAAGCACUUUUCAAUUUACUGAUCUAUUUGCAUUCUGAAUAUUCUGCUCCUCAUCAAUUAUCAUUCCAUUCAAAUAUUGCUGAUUGCUGUCCACAUCAAACAGCUCACGAUGGCGUUGAAGUGGAAUUUGAAAAGUUGCUCAAGAAUCAACAAUUCAAUCAUGUUUAUACUUGUUUCAUGAAGGAAGAGUUGCAUUAUAGAGGAGUGACUGAUGGAGAGGAAAUUAAUUCGAGUUGUUUGGCGUUGGGAAUAAGAGAUGGCUCGUUUGAGUUUUUGAAAUAUGAAUUUUAUUGUUAUAAAGCUGUUGGUGAUAUUCUUAGUUAG